AUGACUCUAAUUUAUCAGAGAACCAAAGUAGCAAUUUUUGGAUCAGAUGCAUCUGCUUUUCAUAUUUUUAAUGUAUAUUAUAAAAAUGACGACAGAUAUGAUGUUGCUGCUUUUAUUUCACCAGAUCAAAACUCAACUGAUGGAAAAUAUCCUGCACUGUUGAGUGGGUCGCUUUAUGAUAAUGGUAUAGAAAUAAUUUCACUUAGUAGAAUUCACACGCUGUUCUUGAAAAAGUCAAUUGAUCGAAUUAUCAUGACACCACAAUCAAUGAUACUUGGAAACUAUAUGAAUAUUACAGCUUUCAGCUUAGCUCAGAAAUGCACUGUCAUUACCUAUCCUUUCGGAAAGUUACAAAUUCCGCCACCGAAAGCAAUGGUUUCCUUUUUCUCUGAUACACAGUUUUACAUGCCUAUUUUCAUGAAUUUUAUUGAAUUAUUCUUAGCAGCUAAUGCUUCCCCUGCAGUUAUCAUUCCAAUGCCUGAAAAAUUAAUUGGAACUCAUGAAUAUAUCGAAGUUUCAACAUUACAGACUCUUGGCCACCACGAAACGAAAAUAGAUCCAGAACUAUAUGAUUUAUGCAAAGAAAUAAUCGCAAAAGGACUAAAAACGUUUUUCGUUCUCGAUUUUAACAAAUUCAGCAAAGAUAUACUCGGUGAUGACUCUUUCAACGUCAUGUUCUUCUUCGGAUACAAGUCAAUGCCUACUUUCUUUUCUUCCCACUUCUUAAUUUACUGUUGUGACGAUUUCACUUUCGGCGAACACAUAGACGAGCAUCAUUCUUCAAUCAUCGCACAGCAGGCAGACUUAGUAUUAUACUGUCAAGUCAAAGUUACCGAUGAAUCAAUACUUAAAUUCAAAGAGUUUACAAAAUCACAGAUAUUCAUGGUUCCUGUUACUUACCAAGUAGCAAGAAGUCAUUGCUAUCAGAACCAGCCUGUUUUGGCCGUAGAUGAUAACUAUUCUUCGGUCACGUGUUCAGCAACAAAUUCAAUGGCAUGUCACAUUGCUGAAAACUACAACAUGAAGCCUGUAGAUCCUUCAAGAUUUAAGCCAUAUGCAGGAAACAAGCUUUUACACGAGCCAAACUACUUGCAUGUCAAAUCUCUUCCUUAUCCUUCGAUUUAUAACUUGAGUGAGUUUGUAAAUGACGUAAACUCAAUGAUGGACAUCAAAGCUGUAUUAAUAACAUCGAUGAAAGUGUUAGAUUUGCAACUUAAUAAGCAAAUCUUGCAUGUACAAUUCGAUGUGAACUUGACAGGUAUAACUAGAGAGAUGGUUAAGCUGCCAAGAACAUUUGUCAAGCAAUGGAAGAAGAAAUAA